UACUAUAUUCAAAAUUUUAUAGUAUAUUUUGUAUAUGUAUUCUUAAUACGAUAUUGGGUGUAACUUGAUAUUAUUAUUUGUGAUAAACAUACAAUUAAAAUGACAACUGUAAUUGUAAUUGCGUACAAGCUAAGAGUACUAUAACUGCUUAUAGAAUUUAAGCUGUAUUAUCUGUAAAUAAUAUACAAUUGAGUCAUUACUGGACAAUUAGAUAAAGCUAGGUGCCAUUUAGAACGUAGAGGGCAAUUAUAUUUAUAAUUCUUAUCAGUUUGAAUAAUUUUCUUAAAAUUCACUACAUGUUAAAAGAGAAUAAGAUUAAUUACAAUGAAUAUGUGGUUUUGGUUUGGAAACAAUUUAGGCAACUUUCUUUUACCGAAGUAUAAUGUUACUACAACUUCCAGUUUCUUCUGCACCUGCUUAGGUUUAUUUGCACUUGCAAUAUUAUACGAGGGUAUGAAAGUUUUACAAAUUAAAUUACAUCAAAGUACUUCAACCCUUAUACAAAAUCAAAGCCCAACAAUAUCAGAGAAUUCUUGUUUACUGUCUAAAAUAUCUUCAAGAUCUAUUAGAAAACAUGUUUCUUUACAUUGUAUGCAAUGGUCUACGUGGAGUUUUCAAGUAUUUCAUUGGUUUGUACAUACCUUUCUUGGUUAUCUUUUAAUGUUAGCUAUUAUGACAUAUAAUGUAUACAUAAAUAUUGCUAUUGUACUGGGAGGAGGUCUUGGAUAUUGGAUAUUUGGCCUAAAACUUAUAGAACUGAAUGUGGAACGAUUUUUUGAAAAACGUACUCUGUUAGAUUGUGAUAAGGAAUGUGCUGAUAACAUAGUACAUUGCCAGGGAGAUGAAUUAACAGUCUCUGUUAUCGCUGAACAGUUUGUAACAGAAGCUACUGUUGAGGUUCAUAUGCCAAAAGAUGCUUUACAACAUUAAAAAUAUUAAAUAUUUUCUUCUUGCUCAAAUAAUUGUCGAUAACAAUUAGUAUUGCCAGACAAGAAAUGGUCAUAUGGAUUUUCUGUAUUAAUAUGCUCUCCACAAAUCCAGCAAAAAGAAGCUUGACAAUAAUUGCAGGUCAUUUUGUUGCAUCCUCCAUUUUUUUCAGCUAUGGUUCCACAAUUUGGGCAUGACUUGGUAUUUGUCUGUAAACAAUAUUAUUACAUUAUAAAACUGCUACAAAUACAAAUAGUUUACUAUUGUUAAAACUUAAUACAUACUUUUAUAUAUU